AUGACGUUCCCGAAAUCAUUCCUGGCCGCCGUUGUCAAGCAGCUGCUGCGGGGCAAGUCCCUGAUACAAGCCAUCCUCGCAUUCUGGAUCACCCCUCAGGCCGUUUCCGGGAAGCAGUCCAGGACGUCGUCAACAGUCGAGUGUUCCAAGUCCGCCGCGUCUCUCUAUCCACGGAGGAUCGACGAGUUCCUGAAGGAGGCCGAGGACCUGCUGCUGGGCCCUCUCGCCGGCGAUGGCCUCCUGGAGCUGUCCAACGCCCUGAAGGCGCAGUUUCGGGACAAGUUGCAGACCAGCAUGGCAUGUAUGUUGCCGUCGUACAACCACCAACUUCCCGCCGGGCACGAAGUCGGUCAGUAUCUGGCGCUGGAUGUGGGGGGAUCGACCCUGCGUGUUGCACUGGUAGAAUUGCGGGGCCGCGGUGCCAAGGGUCGCGAGAGCGAGAUCGUCCGCCUCAGUUCCUUUGUGAUCGAUGCCGACAUCAGGAACCUGGAGGGCAUGGCUUUCUUCGACUGGAUGGCGGAAAGGAUACUGGAAACCAUUUGUAAAGAUGGAGAGGACCCGUCACGGCCCAUGCCCAUGGCCGUGUCUUGGAGUUUCCCCAUUGAACAAACGUCGCUGAAAGGCGGCCGAAUUCACGGGAUGGGUAAAGGGUUCCUCGCCGCCGACGGACUCAUGGGCCAGGAUCUCGGCGAAGUCAUCGAGACCGCGUGUAAAGCCAAGGGCAUGAACGCCGUCCUCAAGGCGAUUGUCAACGACGGCGGCGCCACCCUCCUCUCGCAAGCCUACAUUCACUCCGCCACCCGCUUCGGCCUCAUCCUCGGCACCGGAGUCAACAUCGCCGCACAUCUUCCCGUGUCCGUAAUCGGAAAACCAAAAUUCGGCGAGCGGCCGCAGGAGUGGUGGGACGAGGCCCGUGAUGUAAUCGUCAACACCGAGCUCGGCAUGUUUGGACAGGAUAUUUUGAGCGUCACGCGCUGGGAUAGAUCAUUAAAGCAAGGACAUCCGAGGCCAGACUUCCAGCCUCUAGAGCAGAUGGUGAGCGGAAUGUACUUGGGUGAGAUGGUGAGGUUUGCAUUGAUUGAGGCCAUUAACACCACUGGGCUUUUCGGCGGCAUGGUGCCCAAGUCGCUCGAUGAGCCGUAUUCCUUGAAAUCGGAGACGAUAUCAGCCGUUGAAGGAGAUACGUCGCCACUAUUCACAUCAUCUAUCAAAGUCUUUACUUCGCGUCAUCCGUCAUCACACACGCCGACGUCAUCUGACAUGGCGGCCCUCCGCGACCUGACGUCUUUCGUGUCGAGGAGGUCGGCGGCAAUCAUCGCUGCAUGCUUGCAUGCGGUCUGGGCACUGCGCCUGGAGGCGCUGGGCGAGGAAGACGUGGAGUAUGCCGGCUCAGAACGGCUAGAGAAGGAGUGCGGUCUGGAGAAGACCACGGUGGCGUACAACGGCAGCGUGAUUGAGCAUUACCCGGGGUACCUGGCGAUGCUGCAGGAGUACGUGAACGGACUUGUCAACAGGGAGGACAGGAGUAUCGACCUCGUCCCGGCAAAGGAGAGGGCUUAA